AUGAGACUGUGGAAGCAAGGACCAGAUUUUUUGAGAAAGGUAGUCAUAAAUUACAAUGGAGAUGAUAUAACAUAUGAUACAAAUACAGAAGAAAAAGGUAUUAAAAUAUGUCAAGUAUUAACAAGUAUAGAUGAUGAUGUUAUUAUAUGGGAAAGAUUCUCAUCAUUAAGGAGACUUCUAAGAGUUAUAUCGUGGUGCAGGCGAUUUAUUUUGAAAAGCAUUAAUAAAACCAAUGAAGGUCCUCAAUGGCUAACUAAUGUAGAAUUACAACAAACAUUACAUAUAUACGUAAAGCAAUGCCAAGUUCGAAGUUUUUAUGAAGAUAUUGAAAGUAUAACUAAAGGAGGAACAGUUAAAACAAAAAGCAAACUUAAACCGUUAAAUCCUUACCUUGACGAUGAUGGACUUUUACGUGUUGGUGGGCGGUUGGAUAGAACAGCUACUUUCUUGAACGUAAAUAAAAGACAUCCAAUCAUUCUUCCGGCUAAAGCUCAUUUAACAAACUUAAUUAUAAAGGAUACGCACGAACGAACUAUUCACGGGGGUAUUCAAAUUAUGAUCAAUCAUCUUAGAACAAAAUACUGGGUUAUUGACGCUAAAAACCAAGUAAAGCAUUAUAUUCGCAAUUGUGUUAUUUGUAUUCGAUAUGCAAGUCAACGUAGAGAGCAACUGAUGGGACAAUUGCCAACAGCCAGAGUUACACCAAUGAGACCUUUCAAAAGAAGUGGCGUCGACUAUGCUGGUCCUAUUGCUAUAAGAACGUCCAAAGGGCGUGGUCAUCAUGCAUAUAAAGGGUAUAUUUGUUUAUUCAUCUGCAUGGUGACUAGAGCAAUCCAUCUAGAAGUAGUAAGUGACCUUACUGCUCAAGGAUUCAUUGCUGCCUUUAAAAGAUUCGUAGCUAGAAGAGGACAUUGCGCAGAGCUUUUUAGUGAUAAUGGUACAAAUUUUGUGGGUGCAGAACGUGAAUUGAAGUCCUUAUUAUUUGCAGAAAAGUCUAGAUUACUGCCAGAAAUAGCGGAUUGGUUAUCUACAAAUGGUACUGAAUGGCAUUUUAUCCCACCGCAUUCCCCCAACUUUGGAGGACUAUGGGAGGCUGGCGUAAAAUCCACUAAAUAUCACCUUAGACGGAUAAUCGGAACUUCUACACUUACUUUUGAAGAAAUGAGCACUCUCUUAUCUCAAAUUGAGGCUUGUCUUAAUUCGCGUCCAUUAUCAAGCUUAAGCUCAUCGGCUGAUGAUCCCGAGCCUUUAACACCAGGUCACUUCUUGAUUGGGGAGCCAUUAGUACUUGUACCAGAUGCAAACUAUGAAACGUCAAACAUGAGUAGCUUGAAACGAUGGCAGUUUAUGCAACGCAUGGUACAAGAUUUUUGGCGAAGGUGGUCUCAGGAGUAUCUUACACAAUUUUUACAUCGGUACAAAUGGAGUUAUCAAACGCCAGAACCAAAUAUUGGUGAUAUAGUACUAGUAAAGGAAGAUGAUCUUCCCCCUGCGAGAUGGUUGUAUGGAGUUAUAACUCAAAAGCACCCUGGGUUGGAUAAGAUUACGCGUGUUGUUACUUUAAAAUGUAAAGGGAAUAUAAUUAAAAGACCCGUCUCAAAGUUGUGUAUAGCUAAAUAG